GGUCCAAAUUUAAGUCGUAACCACUUGCAACCGGAUAACAUUAAAACCCCGAAUUAGUCAUCGUCAGUGGAAUCCAAUGUAAGUGAAAAGACUAAAGACUACGUUUGAUCCUUAGCUGCAAUGCACUUGAUCAGUUGUCAGUAAUUUUGGUGGGUACCAUACAGGAAAACAAUUGUGUUCACUCGUUUCCAGCGAUAAAUUUAUAAGUUUUAUCAAAAAAAAAAAAAAAAUCAAAUUAAAUUAAAUCAAAUCUUUGAAAAUGAGGCUAUAAAAUCAUGAGAGUGCUCAAUGUAAAUCUGCAUCACACUGUCUGCAUAAUUGUUUCAUAUCCACAUUGUAUUGAAAUUUUAACAGUCAAGAAUAAGAAAUGGUAUUAACUGGUAAGUUAAUUGCUCAGUUAGAGUUCAAGGCUGGUGGAGACGUGUUUCAUGAAUUCUUCAGGCAUAAGCCACAUCAGUUGGCCGAUGCCUGCGUUGGAAAGGUACAUGCUUGUAACUUGGUUGAAGGAGAAUUCGGAAAUGCAGGCUGCGUCGUGUUUUUCAAAUACUCCCAAGAUGGAAAAGAGCAGAGUGCAAAAAUGGUGCUCGACUCCAUUGAUGAAGAGAAAAAGGCAUUGGUUGUUAAGGUCCUUGAAGGAGAUGUUAUGAAACUUUACAAGUCGUUCACUAUAACUGUUCAUGUUGAAACAAGAGAUGGGAUCGACCAUGUUACAUGGACUUUGGAGUACGAGAUGAUAAGUGAAGAUGUUCCGCAUCCGAUUUCGUGGUUGGCUUAUUACAUAGAUAUCACAGUAGAUGUCGAAACUCAUCAUCUCGGAAAACAUUAAAUGCUUGGUUUCAUCAAUGAAAAGAUUGUCGUAUUGUGUACUAAAAAUUAAUAUGAAUUUGUCAUCGAGUGAUGUCUUGGUAAGGUAUGUUAUAAUAUGAAUUUGUCAUCAAGAUGAACCUUCUGUGUGUGAUAUGUUAAGUAUUUUUCCUCCUAUCAAGGAUAAUGUUUGUAUCUGAUUUGUAAUGUUAUAAGUUGUCCUAAUAUUUUUCAGUCAUGUUUUUAAAAAAAUGCAAGAUUUCCGUGGUUGAA